AUGCAACUAUCGAAAGAGUACUCCAUUCGAGGCGUGACUCGCGACGCUUCCAAGCCUAAGGCGCAGGCACUGGCGAAAAAGGGCGUUGAAAUUGUGACGGCGGACAUGAACCACAAGGACUCGAUUAUCUCUGCGAUCAAGGGUUCCGAUACCGCCUUUCUCGUGACUAACUACUGGGAGACUGGUGAUCCUGAAGUUGAGAAAGCCCAAGGGAAGACCGUCGCUGAUGCUUCCAAAGAAGUCGGAGUCAAGCAUCUCAUUUUCUCAUCUCUGCUGAACGCGACCCAAAUCUCUAGCGGCCGACUCUCACACGCGAAACACUUCGACAGCAAGGCUGAAAUCGAAGAACACAUCCGCUCCUUGGGGAUCCCAGCCACUUUUGUUGUGGCAGGUUACUACAUGUCCAACUACCUGCAGAUGCUGCGGAAGCGCGACGACGGCUCCUACAGCCUUGCAUAUCCAGUCAGCAAGGAGGCAAAGUUCCCCCUUGUCGAAACGGUCCAGGAUAUGGGUAAAUUUGUGAAGCCCGCGUUGAAGAAGCCAGACGCAUUCAACGGCAAACGGAUCUUUGCAGCCACCGACUACUAUCCGUUCACUCAAGUUACCGCGGAUCAGUAUAAGAGCUUCCUACCGGACUCGAUGGCCCAGGAGAUGCUAGAGAACCACUUGCUGAUUGAGGAGCCAGGACUCUUCGACGGAAUUUCCUUACAGGAGAGCCUAGAUGCUUUGGAGGAUAAACCUACAACUUGGAAGGAGUUUGUGAAGAACGCUAGGGUUUGA